UGCCGCUGGGACCCUUCUCCACUGAGGACUAUGAGUGUACAAAGCUCACUACUCUGGUCCAGGCCAGGCGGGAGCAGUAUCCGAAGACCGCUGCACUUUGCGCACCCCCAACCUGCUGCUGACCUGCGACCGGCCUGAGCAUGACAUGCGCUUCACCAUCAAGUUCCAGGAGUACAGCCCCAACCUCUGGGGUCACGAGUUCAAGACCAACCAGGAUUAUUACAUCAUCACAACGUCGGACGGCACCCAGGAAGGGUUGGAGAACAUGAAGGGAGGUGCCUGCCUUUCAAAAGGGAUGAAAGUCAUCUUGAAAGUUGGCCAGAAUCCCAACACGGGCUCGAAAUCCCAGAAGUCACUUCCAGACACGCCCGCUGAGAAGGAGCGAGGGACUUCAGGUGCCGCCGAGCCCAGCAAGGAGAUGAACCCAGGAACCCCAACAGGAAACACCACGGGCAAGGUGGGGGGAGAGAACGGCCCCCUUCCUCAGUCCAACGUGCCCAUCAUCGCUGGAGCUGCGGGGGGAGCGGCCUUCGUCCUUCUGGUGGCAGCCGCUGUGACGGGAGCCCUGUGCUAUCGCCGACGCCGGGCCAAGCACAGCGAAUCGCACCACCCGCCUUUGUCGCUCAGCACCCUGACCAGCCCCAAGCGGGGCGGCGGGGGCGGCGGGGGCAACAACAACGGCUCCGAGCCCAGCGACAUCAUCAUCCCACUCAGGACUUCAGACAGCGCCUUCUGCCCCCACUACGAGAAGGUGAGCGGGGACUACGGCCACCCCGUCUACAUUGUCCAAGAAAUGCCGCCGCAGAGCCCAGCCAACAUCUACUACAAAGUAUGAAAGGGAGGGGCAGCCGAGUGGCCUCCGCUUGUGUCUCCAACCCCGAAGUGGGGGGGAGAGAACUCAGCACAGCUGGGGUGGAUGGGACGAGCCACCCUGCGUCUUCCCCGGACGCUUGACUACGGGGUCAGUGCCUGAGCCAUCCUCCAGAAGUCAGGGGGGUUACUGGGACACGGAUCCUUUUCUCCCGGCGAUCUUCUCUUUUCACUGGUUGUGGCCUGGCUAGGAUUGACAGAGCAAGGAGUGCAACCUCCCUACUUCCUGUCCAACCCUACUCUCCCUCCGCCUUUCUGCCUACAAAAGGGCUGAGCCCCCCUGCCUCGGUCCCGGAUGAAAUUAGCGGGGCACCACGUCACUCCUUGCCCGGCUUCAAGCCUCCUAGUGGAAGGUGUUCGUUAGUGGGCGGGUCACGCUCCGUGUUCAACCCAGAAAGGUUAUUUACCCAUUCACACGGGCAGGUUGAAAUGAAGUCGGGAGCAAAAACAUUCCCGCACAUUCAGACAGCGGUUUCUCCAAUAACGUCCGUGCAAACAUUCACAGUGAUUCACGGGAAAGUCAUUCACGGGAAGACACAGACAAGACGGGGGUUAGGAAUUCUAGGGUGGGAAAGGUUGCAUUUGGGAAAGUACUACUGAACUGAUUCCGUUAUUGCCUUAAAAAAAUCAAGGUUUACCUUCCCCCUCCAAGUGCCCCUCAAAACGGAAGUUUUUUUAGACUUGCCGUUUUGAAAUGUAGGAUUCAGAUUUCAAGGGGUGGAAAGUUUAGCUCUAUUUCUGCCCCCCACCCCAGCCCAGGUCAGCCUCUGGUAAAGGGGAGCGUACAAUCCACUACCUUUUGGUACCCCUCCAGAUGAUAGGGGCAUGGAGCCAGAGCAAUGGCCUUCCAUCCUCUUGGGUCCCUUUGGAAAGGGGGUUAAGAGAUGAUCUCCUACCCAAGGCUCCAAACCUUGGCUUGAAACAUUGAGCAGAUGCCACCUGAACCACUCCCCAGAUGACAUAGAUGCUGAAGGGCAUCCAUCUUGUCUUUACUGCAUCCCAAACCCCGAGCCUCCUCCUCUGCUCCUUGGAUGGGCAGAGGUUGGUUUGGAUAUAAGAUGAAGGAGGCCCCUUUCUCUGCCAGUGUUUGCAUUGGGGAGAAUUAACUGACAAGCACAAUCCCCGGAUUGGAUUUGACAUGAGAAGAGGAUUGCUUAUUUAUCCGCCGGCGGCCAUUUUGGGAGCCUUUUCUUGUUUAUUCGGUCGGCGAAAGCACCGGAGACAAAAUGGCUGCCUUUCCCCAAUCGGACCGUGGCAAGAAUCCGACGGGGUCGGCGUUGGGUUUUGUCGUCCAGUUUGGGGAGAAGACGGCUGUGACUGAAUUCCCACACGGCCACAACUGGCGGAUUUUCCGAAGCGGCGUUGUCGUGCGUGAAGUUUGUGAAACACAAAAGAGGCGGGACUUCGUGUAUAAGACUGGCUACAGGGCUGAGCUUUCCUGUUUUUGGCAGGGAAACAAAAAACAAAACAAAAAAAGAGAAAAAAUGUGGUCUUUUUCAGCUUUAACAGAGUUUUCGUUUGGGUUUUUUUGUUGUUUUUUUUUUGAUGGGAGAGUUUCUUAGCUUUGUCGGUGGAAUUUUAUUGUUGAAUCAUGUUGAUUAUAGAAGUUCUUGUGCAGUUU